UCCUUAAAGACUCUGUUUUUGUCGUUUGAAAGAACGAGAGAAACAGAAAGAUAGGCGCGCCGCGAUGGGUUUGGGAAGAGGAAGAGGUGGACAAAAGAGAGGGAGAACGAUAGGCGCCGCGGUGGGUUUGGGAAGAGGAAGAGGAAGAGGAAGAAAGAACAAAGAAAUGGACUCGGAUUUGAGUUUAGAAUUCACGAAUUUCAGAUCUGCAGAAGAAUCAACAAUCCAAUCAGAAGAGAAAGCGGGUUCUGGCGGUGGCGGUGGCGGUGGCUUAGGAAGAGUAAGAGUUGUGCAAAAGAGAGGGAGAAAGAAGAAAGAAAUGGACUCGGAUUUGAGUUCUGAAUCCACGAAAUCCAGAUCUGGAGAAGAAUCAACAAUCCAAUCAGGAGAGAAAGAUGAUGCUAGCGGCGGCGGUGACGGUGACGGCGGUGGAUUCUUUGCCUGCUAUCUACUCACAUCUCUCAGUCCCCGGCACAAAGGCCAAACUUACAUUGGAUUUACAGUUAAUCCACGCCGUCGUAUACGGCAACACAACGGCGAGAUAUCAUCUGGGGCAUUCAGAACUAGGAAGAAACGUCCAUGGGAAAUGGUUCUCUGCAUCUAUGGAUUCCCUACUAAUGUUUCUGCUCUUCAGUUCGAGUGGGCAUGGCAGCACCCAACAAUAUCACUGAAGGCAAAGGAAGCUGCUGCAACUAUGGAAUCAAUAUCAGGGUUAGCUCAUAAUAUAAAACUUGCUUACAAAAUGCUGAAUUUACCAGCCUGGAACAGCUUGAACUUGACAGUGAAUAUUUUCUCGUCAAAGUAUACAAUUCAUUCAGCUGGAAUUCAUCUACCUAAGCAUAUGAAAUCCCAAAUUUGUUCCAUGGAUGAUCUACCUUGUUAUACUGAUGGAAAUGUUGGUGGGUUCUUAGAUGACUAUAACUAUGAUGAAUUAAAUUGUGAAGAAGAUGAUUUAUCUGAUAAACAUGUUAGAGAAGAUGACGAUGGUGAUGGUGAUAAAUCCCAAAUUUGUUCCAUGUAUGAACUCCCUCGUUAUACUGAUGAAAAUGGUGGUGGGUUCUUCGAUCACUACAAUUAUGAUGAAUUAAAUGGCGAAGAAGAUGAUUUAUCUGAUAAACAUGUUAGAGAAGAUGCUGAUGUUGAUAAAUCUCAAAUUUGUUCCAUGGAUGAACUCCCUUGUUAUGCUGAUGAAAAUGGUGGUGGGUUCUUCGAUGACUACAAUCAUGAUGAAUUAAAUGGUGAAGAAGAUGAUUUAUCUGAUAAACAUGUUAGAGAAGAUGCUGAUGGUGAUAAAGAUAUUCCUCCUUCGAAAACCCUAUCUUCUUCGAUAUGUGGAGGCAAAAAAGUAUGGUUGAAAAAUGAAACAUUCUUCGAGUUAUCUGAUGACGAUGAUGAUGAUGACGAUACUACUAGACAUGAAAAUGGUGGUGGUUUAUCUGAUAAAAUUGAAACACACAUUGGAGAAGAUGAUGAUAAUGAUACUACUAGACAUGAAAAUGGUGGUAGUUUAUCUGAUAAAGUUGAAACACACAUUGGAGAAGAUGAUGACGGUGAUACAAACAUUUCCCCUUUGAAAACUUUAUCUUCUUCGUUAUGUGGAGGCGAAAAGGUAUGGUUGACAGAAGAAACUUUUAUCGAGUUAUCUGGUGAUGAUGAUGAUAAUGAUACUACUAGACAUGAAAAUGGCGGUGGGUUAUCUGAUAAAAUUGAAACACAGAUUGGAGAAGAUGAUGAUACUACACACAUUAGAGAAGAUGAUGAUGGUGUUACAAACAUUUCCCCUUUGAAAACUUUAUCUUCUACGUUAUGUGGAGGCGAAAAGGUAUGGCUGACAGAAGAAACAUUCUUCGAGUUAUCUGGUGAUGAUGAUGAUAAUGAUACUACUAGACAUGAAAAUGGCGGUGGUUUAUCUGAUAAAAUUGAAACACACAUUGGAGAAGACGAUGAUAAUGCUACUAGACAUGAAAAUGGUGAUAGUUUAUCUGAAAAAACUGAAACACACAUUGGAGAAGAUGAUGAUGGUGAUACCAACAUUUCCCCUUUGAAAACUUUAUCUUCUUCGUUAUGUGGAGGCGAAAAAGUAUGGUUGACAAAUGAAACAUUCUUCGAGUUAUCUGGUGAUGAUGUUGAUAAUGAUACUACUAGACAUGAAAAUGGUAGUAGUUUAUCUGAUAAAAUUGAAACACACAUUAGAGAAGAUGAUGAUGGUGAUACAAACAUUUCCCCUUUGAAAUAUUUAUCAUCUUCGUUAUGUAACGGCGACAAAGUAUGUUCAGAAGAAACGUUCUUUGAAUUAUCUGAUGAUGAUGAUGAUAAGAAUUGUAUAAUCCCCGUAGACAAAACUCAUGAGGUUGAUGUUAUAGAUCUAUUGUCUCCUUCACCUGUUCUUAGAUGCAACAAGAAGAAGAGGAGGAUUAUGAUGGAUGUAAUUGAUCUUACGGAAUCGCCUGUUUUUGUUUAGGUUUGUUUGAAUGCAAGUGAAGCCACUUCUUCACUUGAUCACACCUUAGAUGAAUUAUUUUUCUUUCAUAUUUUACUUCUUUGUUCAACCUUAGAAUAAAGUUGUGAUUGUUGGUUCUAUGGUAGGCUCAUGAUUUCUAUAAAUAAUGGAUGAAAAUUCAAUAGUUGUUGUUCAAGAGUUUUAUGUGUAUAUAGUGAUUUUGAUUUUAGUUUCCU